CGUAAGAGAAAGACAGGGCAAAGUGUGUGUUGAAGAAGCUGCAAGAAUGGUGGCACACCUGGGUGUCAACUCCUUCGCCUCUUCUUGUCAUCUCCUUCAUUCUUCUCCCCAGUUAUCUCUCUGUCUGCAUAAACCCAUAGUCAUGGCAACAGUAAGUACAGAUCCAGUAAGAGAGUGGAUUCUAACAGAAGGAAAAGCAAGUCAAAUAACAGGGAUUAGUCCUGUUGGUGGUGGUUGCAUCAAUCUUGCCAACCGAUACACUACUGAUGCUGGUUCUUUCUUUGUUAAGACAAACAGGAGUAUCGGACCGGAGAUGUUUGAAGGAGAGGCUUUGGGGUUAAGUGCAAUGUAUGAAACAAAUUCGAUUCGUGUUCCUCAACCAUAUAAAGUUGGUGCAUUGCCAACUGGAGGUUCAUAUAUCAUCAUGGAAUUCAUAGAGUUUGGUUCAUCGAGAGGUGAUCAGGCUGUACUAGGGAGGAAACUUGCGGAGAUGCAUAAAGCAGCAAAAUCUGAAAAAGGAUUCGGAUUUCAUGUCAACAAUACCAUUGGCAGCACACCGCAGAUAAACACAUGGACAUCAGAUUGGGUUGAGUUUUACUCUAAGCAUCGCCUGAACUUUCAACUUAAGUUAGCACAACAACAAUUUGGCGAUUCGGCUAUAUAUGAAAAAGGACAAAGAUUAGUGAAAAAUCUUGGAGCUUUGUUUGAAGAUGUAACGAUCGAGCCGUGUUUAUUACAUGGAGAUUUAUGGAGUGGGAAUAUCAGUUCAGACAAGAAUGGGGAGCCUGUUAUACUCGAUCCCGCUUGUUACUAUGGACAUAAUGAAGCAGAGUUUGGAAUGUCAUGGUGUGCUGGAUUUGGAGGGUCUUUCUACAACGCUUAUUUUGAGGUGAUGCCAAAGCAAGCAGGAUUUGAGAAAAGGAGAGAUGUUUAUUUGUUGUAUCAUUACUUGAACCAUUACAAUCUCUUUGGUUCUGGUUACCGAUCAUCGGCCAUGUCCAUCAUUGAUGAUUACCUUAGCAUCUUAAAAGCUUAAUUAGGUGAUGCCAAUAUGGACAACUGUGGUAUUUGUCAAUCCAAUCUGUAUCUCUUUAUGAUAUGGUAUGAUACUAAAUCACUUAGUAAGAACCAAAUUUUAGUGUAUUUCCAUUACUCAUGUUGGUAAAAAAAUAACAUGUUUGGGG